UUUUAGAGAAGGUUGGAGAUAGUGACCGACUGACUUCUCAUGAUCUCUUCUCUUCCUCUCCCCUAUUUCCCUUACAUCAUCUCACAACCUCCUUACCACUGUCACCAUGCCGUCCAUCCUCAGCGAAGAGGAUAAGGAGACCGUUCGACGAGUAAUACCGAAACAUACCAACAAGAUUCACGCUGUAGCCGUCGCGAGAUUGUACGUCGCAUACCCGAAUGCUUCAAAAUGGACCUACACAGGCCUACAAGGAGCUAUCGUGCUCUGCAACGACCUCGUAGGAAAUACGUACUGGUUGAAACUGGUUGACGUAUCUUCCGCCGGUAGGGGUGUAAUAUGGGAUCAGGAAAUAUUUGAGAACUGGUCCUAUAACCAGGACCGAACCUUCUUCCAUACCUUCGAGCUCGAAGACUGCCUAGCAGGUCUAUCUUUCGUUGACGAGAAGGAAGCCAAACAAUUUAAAAAGAAGAUGGACGAUAGGGAGAAGAACGCGUCCAAGGCUACAAAAAAUACCCCUUUUGGCGGGACGACGCAACAACCACACAAGACUGGGUUCUUUGGAAGCAUAUUUGGAGGACAUAGGCACACCUCAGCGCCCUCAGCCCCCACACCGCCCGAAUCACCUCGAAGCAGCGUCCCACCUGCUCAUUCCCAUGCCAGAGCCUCUUCCGGAAGUGUUAAUGGUUUCCACAAGCCGGCCUCUAAAUUCGCUAAGUUAGAGGCCUAUGAUCCUAACUGGCGAGAUAAUUUCGGAAAUUUCCUCUCGGAACAGGGCCUCACGGACGAGUUCAUCAGGGAAAACCAAGACUUUAUUGUCGAGUUCUUGAAAGAACAGGGCACUGGAUUAUCUGAAAACGGGACAUCACGUUCUACGCCAGUACCACCUCCGCCGCCUCCACCACCACCCAGUAAUUCGACUUCUAACGGGUAUAAUGCGUAUGGCCAUGGUCGCAUGCCCCCUCCUCCACCACCGCCUCCUCCUGGAGGAGGUCGCGCCGUGUCGGAAAGUAUAACAUCGUCAGGCUCGCGUCGUGGAGCUCCUCCACCACCUCCUGCACCUCGCAGGUCCGGCAAGAUAGAGCUUGUGCAUAGAGAGCCAACACCGCCAGAAGAACCAGUACCACCUCGACCCCGAUUUAAUGCCCCUCCUCCGUUACCAGACGCUGGCAAAUAUGCACAUACCGAUAGCGCACCCCGUGCUCCACCUGGGCCAGCACCUCCCCCACGACCGCCGAAAACACCGAUAGAAGACCACGACGAGAAACCCUCGGGACACAAAUUUGGCGUGCCUCCUGUCUUUACUGGCCAGAGGCAUAACCAAGCACCUCCGCCCCCGGCUAGAGGUCCGGUGCCUCCACCACCAAGGGAGCAACCUCAGUCUGCACCACCACCGCUCCCUCCUACCCUUCCUCCCACCCUUCCUCCGACUCUCCCUCCGAAGGUUCCUGCUCCAACUACUACGGCGCCGCCACCGGCACCAGCACCACCUCCACCUCCUGCCAUAUCUCGGCCAACGCCCGCGCCUCCUCCACGAAGCACACCUCAGCCGCCAGUCCCACCACCAAGCGCACCGGCUCCACCACCUUUGCCUCAGUCAUCGGCACCACCGCCGCCACCACCCUUACCCGGUGCUAGCUCUGGUUCUAGUGCUCCACCUCCACCUCCACCACCUCCUCUUCCGUCUGGGGGUGCAGGUGCUCCCCCGCCUCCGCCGCCGCCACCGCCGCUACCAGCGACUGGAAUACCAGCAGCACCGCCGCUACCGCCUCCCAAUCGCGACUCAGGCUACUCUUCCGGAGUUCCAGCUGGACCGCCGCCUGGGGUCCCCUCCGCGGAUGCUGGGCGCUCUGCAAUGCUUGAAAGUAUCCAGAAGGCCGGUGGAAUUGCAUCACUCAAAAAGGUGGAUAGAAGUCAAAUCAGAGAUAGGAGCGCAGCUGCAGUUCCUGGAGGGGCAGAUACGGGGCCGCACGGUAGUGGAUUGCCACCCGCAGGCAUUGCCCCCGGAGGAGCCGGAGGCGGAAUGGCUGAUGCGUUGGCUGCAGCUCUGCAGAAGCGGAAGGAAAGAGUUCGUGAUAGCGAUGAUGAGAAUAGUGAUGACGAGUGGUAGAGCCUUAUUCACAAGAUUCAUCCGAAAGAAAGCAGAAGUUAUCCUGUUAUUAUAGGAUAGACUUAGCUUACGAGCUUGGGGCGCGAAGUAGGUCUGAAGAGAAAGGAAUCGAA